AUUGUGGCGCAACGAAGCGGAACGAAAAGACGAGAAGAUUUGCGGUGUUUGUAUCCGAUCACGUGGUGAUUACAGCCGCCCACGCGAAGGUCCCCAACAGCUUCCAUCAGAGCUCUCCCUUGAUGCUCUCUGGAUCCCUUUCUUUCUGUUGACAGUGAUUUGCUCUGUGAAUACAAUCUGGCUCGCAUCGUGGGUAUCACAUCAAAGCAGCAUGGCCGGUUCUCCGGAAGAUAGCAAAGCUCCUGAGCAACAGCAACAACAGUCGCAGCGCUCCUCCCCGCCACCCCAGCCGAAGUCAUGGCAUGAGGAGGAGAAUCCUUUUGUAGCGUUUCGUCGCUACGCCGAUGAACAGAUAUCGUCCGUUCUCCAAUCUGUCAUGGGUCUCCCGUCAGCCGUCUCGCAGCCAACAGCAGACCACUGGAUGAUUUUCGCCGACGAUAGCAAGUAUAAAGACAAUACACGACAAAGACGGAGCGGAGAGGGCGAUAACGCUGGGACGGAUCCGAGUCGCAAAGAUGGUUCCUCGAUGGAUACACACUAUGAAUCAGACUACGAUAGAUCGUCGUCGAGUUCCAAAUGGCCCAGAUGGUCGCGCAGCUCCGACUAUGAUGACUUCGACAGAUGGCGCUGGCACACCCAUCGCUCCCGGCCGUUCGACUUCUUCAGUCUUGAUUCCUUCUUCGACAAACUCUGGUUCGAUGAUCGCUUCCCUUUCUCCACCGGCCUUUUCAACCCUUUCUGGGAUACAUUCGAAGAAGCUGAAGCGGGAGCCUGGCCCAUCCCAUACCUCCUGUUCAGUCCUUAUUCGCCCUUACAUCUAGAGCGCCAAUCUCGACUUCGUGCAAAUCGUGACAAGGGUAUCGUCUCUUCGCUCUUUUCGUCGUUGAACAUUUCCUCGGGAGAAGAUCCAAAGGAGCCUCACUGGCGUGACGCAUUCGAGGAUUUACUGCGUCUAGAGAAUGGCAAGCCUAUGCUGGAUAGAGACACGGAAUCGUCCAGGAGAAAGGAAAAGGGCAGCAACUGGUUACGUGGAUUGGUGGAGAGAGGAAGCCUUGGAGAUCGUUGGAAGUAUAUUCCUACGGCCAAUGGCAACGGUCACUCGAGUAUGCUCUACGGAAGCCAGGCCCAGGAAGAAAACAAGGAUAACAAGCCAGCCCUGCCGUCUCCUGAAUCGAAAGAACAGGUUCAAAGGAACACUGAAAGAUUUGAACCAGUAAGCGAGCUGGAUCUGUAUGACAGAUUCCUCCAGGAUAUCGAGGCACGAGAGAGAGAAUUCUCCAGAGAGUUCUCCCAAAGUCCUCUGCUUCGUCUUCUUCAUGAGGAAAGGCAGCGGUACCGCGAUGAGAUAGAGGAAAGGAGACGCAGGCUGCAACGCAUUUCAAAGAUCGACGGCUCACAAGAUAACGAAAGCUGGCUGGACCUCAUCUCGGGUGGAAACAAGCACUCCGUUCCUGAAACUACAAAUGACACCGCUGAGGCCACUGCCGUCAACCCAGCGACUGCUAAUGGCUCAACUGCCUCGCCAUCUUCGGUUGUAGUGUCUACCAUGACCUCCACAGAACGGCGGACCCUCCCAGACGGUACUGUCCAGACGAAGACCGUCAAGACGAAGCGUUUUGCCGACGGCCGCGAAGAGAGCAACGAAUCCGUCGAGGUCCUCAACCCCCAGCAUUCCUCCCAGCAGAAGUCUGAGAGUGGUGACUCCCAGAUCUCUGACAAAGCUUCCCGAAGAGGCUGGUUUUGGAAGGAGUGAUUUAUCAUGUCAGGUUUACCUCUAGGCAUUCUCAGCCUGGGACGUCCAUUUUGAUGCAACUACUUCACGAAUUUCCUUUGUCUGAUAUUCUUUCGCCACUCACUUCCCAAUGUUGGCUGCAGAACAAUAAUCUGCCUUCCUUUACAUUUCCUUGGCUUGCAUUCUAGGGGAACGGUGCUAUGGCGACGGCUUUGUUUUGGAAUAUAUCUAUAAGUGACAAAUUGAACAUUUUCUUUUU